AUGUCGGACGAAGAAGAAUACUACGAGGACCAAGAUCAAGGUGGCGGUGAUUAUGAUUACCAAGAUCAAGGAGAUUAUCAAGAACAGAAUUAUGAUGAUCAGAACUAUGACCAAGAUCAGGGAGAUCAUCAAAAUUAUGAGCAAGAAGAACAAGAUUAUGAACCAGAAGAUCAAGGAAAUUAUGAAGAAGAAGAAGAGGAACCAGAACCAGAACAAGAACAAGAAGAGGAAGAACCUGAGCCAGAACCAGAAGACAACUAUGAAGAAAAUUAUGAUGAACCCGAACCAGAAUAUAAUCCAGAUAAUCAAGAGGACGAAGAAGAUGAUGAAGAAUAUGGAGUUGCUCAAGCUUCGAUUGCUCAUGGAGCUGAAGAUUCGAAUAAUGAAUCACAUGGAUUGUCGAGUCUUUUCAAAGGUAAACUGAAAAAUAAUUGAAAUGAAAAAUUCCACGUCGAGUUUCAUAAAAAAAUUAUCACGUUUUUUUUUCAAAGACCACGUGUCGUUCUAUUUUCCAAAAUAAUUUUAUCAUCAUUUUUUGUUUGACACUUAUCUCAAACCGGUCUAGAAGUUUUAGAGAAAAUGGUGAGAUUUAGGUAAAAUGAAAACUUAACCAACCUCUAUCAAUCUUGUUUAUCUAGGCGCUAUGGAUGGUUUUGGUGGUGGCGGGUUUGAUGGUGUUGUUGGACAAAUCGGAAAUCUUAUUCAACAAUCUGGUGGUGAAUCUGGCGGGCUUUCGAAUGUUUUCUCAUCGGGCGGUAUGGAAUCAUUGGUUGGAAAUUUGAUUUCAUCGGCUUCUCAUCAAUUUUUCGGAAUCAAUCCGUCGACUGGUGCAAUUAUUGGAGCGAUCGCCGGAAAUUUGAUUUUCCGUAUGGGCGGACAGCACAAUUCGUUGAGUGAUAUCGGAAAAGUCAUUUUGGAUAAUAUUAUCAGUGGAAAAUUCAAGAGAGAUGUAAGUUUGAAGAAUAAAGAAAAAAUAAUACUGUUCCAAAGCCACAUAACCGUAAACACACAAUUGGUCUCGACGCGAAAUGAACGCGGAAAAAAUAUUUUUUGAAAAAUUAUUUUAUUGUUUUCUCGCAAUUUCGCGUUUUCAAGCGCUAAUCUCGAUGUUUACAGAUCCAUCCUUUUGUUCCUGGCGGUGCUGGAGGUUCAUCUCAAUUCUCGGAAAGUUUUCAACCAAUCGAUUUCAAACAAGAGCGUCAACGCUGUCUCGAUCAACGAGUUCUAUUCGAAGACCCUCAAUUCCCCGCCAAUGAUCGUAGUAUUUGGUUCAAAACACGGCCAGAUGAGGAAAUUGUUUGGAAACGACCUGGAGAGAUUUUCGAAAAUCCCCAACUUAUUGUUGGUGAAAAAUCGCGAUUCGAUGUGAAACAAGGCACAAUAUCCACAGGACGACGCGAGGUGUGUGCGCUCUCUCGUUGUCUGCGUCUCUACAGCAAACAACACUCUCUCAUUUUUUUUUUCAAUUUUUUUGAAUUUUCACGCUAUUUUAAAAAAGAAGAAGAGCGUCCGAAUCGAGAGAAAUGACACAGACGCGAAAACUCCCUUUAAGUACAGUAGUUUUAUGGUAUUUUUGUUUGUUCGUUUCGAGAAACGCGUGAAAAAGACACACGCGAAGCAAUAGAUACAGUAGUAUUACCAAAAUAUUUUUGUUCGUGUCGAGAAACGAGCGUCUUUUUCUCUGCGCCACUCUCUCGAUUUGGACGGCCAAAAAUAGCGUGUUUUUUCGAAAUUUUUCAAAAAAUUCGAGAAAUUCACGGGUAAAUGGUAUAUGAGCGAGUAGAGGAGGAUGAAAGGAAGACAGAGAAAUAACAUUUCGAUUCAUUUUUGAAAUUUUUAAGGCUAUAAAAUUGAAAGAAAAACUUAUGUUUUUUGAAAAAGUAUUUUAGCUGAAAUUUCACCAAAUUUUUAGUAAAUUUACUUCUAGAGGCCAGGAAUUACGUAAAUAAAAGUAUACCAGUUUAUUUGAUGCUAGGAAUGAGAAGUUUCGAACCUAAAAAUUCUUGCAAUUAGCAAAACACGUUUAUUUGAGCGUUUUUUUUAAUUAAAAAAUAAGAAAUACCUGAAUUCAAGUGUGAAAAAUUGAAAAAUUUAAAUGAUAAAGUUUCAUGUAACAAAAAACGAACUUUCUAAAUAAAUAUUCAUUAAUAAAUAAUAGAAAGUUGUGUCUUACAAAAACAUUUUUGAAAAACCGGCUGAAACUUAACAUCAGCAGAAAGACCAUAUGAAAAUAUACAACAAAAAGAUUGUCAUGAUCUGCAUGAACUUCUUAGCUGAGUUAUAGAGCUCCGAAUAUCACAAAUCGAUAAUUUUGGCCAAUAAGGAACGUCAUUCUUCGAUUCAAACUCAACAAUUCCUGUCGACUUCAGAAAAAAUAUCGUCAAAUCUCUACCAAGCUCCAAAAUUUGAAUUUAGCAAUAAGAAGAGUCGGAUGUUACUGUUGAAAUAUGAGUUCCUCUCAAUUAAUCAUUUUUUUUAUCCAUCAAACAUUUACAAUCAGCCCCAACGGCCGCUAUUUUCUUCAUAGUUCCAACAUAUACAUUGUCAAGUGGAUUUCCAUGUGUGUUCUCGAUGUUUUUCACUGUCCUCUAGUACUCUGAAUAAUACAUUUCCUGAUGUUGGUGUUGGAAAGCCAGAUCCUCCAGCGCGAGUUUAUCGCAAUGAUCCUCAUUGAAAAAAUGUGUGGUUGAUUCGAAAUUACGAUCAGAUACAUCCAAUGCGAUUCCGAUUUCGUCAAAAAUCAAAUAUCACGAGCAGUUACAUAUUUUUUGAACCAGUAAAUGUCCAAAAGUAGCGAAGACCAGCGUGAACCUGCAAUAAUACAGUUAUAAAUACCGUUAUUAUAAAAUUUCUGAAGCAAAAAACCUACGAAAAGCUUAAUUUUCUUCUCUCCCAUAAUAUUCGAAUCAUUUUAUAUCCAAACAAGCAUCAGAAAACAGUUCGACAGCACCACUGGUAACAUCCAUCGAUUCAUAUGAAAAUAAAUCUGUCGUCGUUACAAUUGGUCCAAAUAUAUCCCAUUUCAUCCCAAAUGUGGUCCUCGUAUCCCAAAAAGUUCGAAAAAUGAGUAUUCUUCACUUUUUGGUGACACCCAAAAAAACAUGAAAAACGAACGAAAAUCUUUAAAAUUUUUGAACGGCAUUAUGGCGUUACUUUAUGAAACGAUCUAUACAUGAAAAUGUUCUCUGACAUUCAUAGAAUAGGAAAUCGUUCAUGAAAUUAAGCAAAAACAACAAUAACAAUGAGUAAAAACAAUAAAAAGUUGAACAAUCGGCAAAAAAUUCGAUUUUUCCAUUGAAAAAAGACAAACGAGCAAACGCGCUCUACCGAAAUGAGAGAUUUUUUGAAAAGAGACGCAGAAACGUCGUUUUGUGGACACUGUGCAAGGUGCAUUGGGAGAUUGUUGGUUGUUAGCAGCGGUUGCUAAUUUGACACUUCGUGACGAAUUGUUCUAUCGAGUUGUUCCACCAGAUCAAUCUUUCACCGAAAAUUAUGCUGGUAUCUUUCAUUUUCAAUUUUGGAGAUAUGGACAAUGGGUUGAUGUUGUGAUUGAUGAUAAAUUACCAACUGUUAAUGGUGAAUUAUAUUAUAUGAGAUCAAAUGAACAUAAUGAAUUCUGGAGUGCUUUGUUAGAAAAGGCAUAUGCAAAGUGAGUCGGAAUAGAAUGAAUUUAGUAAAUAUUAUAACUUUCAGAUUGUAUGGAGGUUAUGAGAACUUGGAUGGUGGAACUACGGCGGAAGCUCUUGAAGAUUUCACUGGCGGUCUCACCGAGUUCUUCGAUCUCACGAAAGCUGAUAAAGCAACAACUCUUGCAAUGUUAGUUCGAGGAAUGCAAAUGGGUUCACUUUUUGGUUGCUCAAUUGAUGCCGAUGAAAAUGUAAAAGAAGCUCAAUUAAAUAACGGUUUGGUUCGUGGACACGCUUAUAGUAUCACUGCAAUUCAUACUGUUAACACAUAUCAAGGACAAAUUCCACUUUUACGAAUUCGAAAUCCUUGGGGAAAUUCGAAAGAAUGGUUGGGUGCUUGGAGUGAUGGAAGUCAAGAAUGGCAACAAGUUGAUGGACAACAAAGAGAAUCAAUGGGUGUCAAUUUUGCAAAAGAUGGUGAAUUUUGGAUGUCGUUUGAUGAUUUUAUGACAAAUUUUACACAAAUGGAAGUUUGCAAUUUGUCAGCUGAUGUUAUGGAUGAAAUUACGGAAAUGACCGGAGUUGAAGUAGCUGAAAAACAAAAACAUCAAUGGGUUGAAAAAUCGGCAGAUGGAGAAUGGAAUAGUAGAAAUGGAACUGCUGGGGGAUGUCAAAACAAUGGUGAGUUGAAGUUUUUAAACAACAAGGAAUAACAAGGUUUUUCGCAGAUACAUAUUCAAACAAUCCACAAUACGGAACAUUCUUCCAAGUUCCCGAAUCUUCAGUUGAACAAGAUGGAAAAUGUACAGUAAUCGCUGCAGUCCUUCAAAAAUAUCGACGUGAACUCCGUUCCAAAAACCUCGAUAACUUGCCAAUCGGUUUUUCUGUUUAUCGAGCUGAUCCAAGUGGUCAACCUUUGAAUGAAGCAACAAUUCGAUCACAAAAACCAGUUGCUCGGAACAAAGUUUUCAUAAAUAUGCGCGAAGUUACAGCGAGAUUCCGUGUCACUCCAGGUUCUUAUGUGAUUAUUCCGAGCACUUUUGAUGCUUAUGAUGAUGCCGCGUUUUUGUUGCGUAUUUAUUCAAAUUCAAAUGUCGAGACUACCCAAUUGCGUUAA